AAAGUUCUCUCCUAGCGCACUGGGAUGCUGGAGGACGGGCUGCUGCUGCUGCUGCUGUUCAUGCACACAAACAUGGCGGAACCCAUGGAGCUGCUCUGCUGGGGAGGCGACUGGGAUCUGCCAUCCGUGCACACAGACUCCCUCAUCGUGCUGGCAUAUGCCAAAUUUUCAGGUGCAACGCUUGCAGUAAAAUCUAUUGACUGGACAUGGAGGACUAUAACAGCAUCUGUGCCACAGCUACACUAUGAGGGAUCCACAGUCACAGAACCAACACAAAUUCUAAACUUCCUACGAAAACAGAGAUUCAAUGCCGACUAUGAGUUGACGGCUAAGCAAGGUGCAGAUACAAUGGCUUAUAUCGCCCUACUGGAGGAAAAGCUGCGGCCAGCAUUGCUGCACACAUUCUGGGUGGACGCACAGAACUAUGCUAACCUGACCCGACCCUGGUUUACGUCACAUUCCCCGUUCCCCCUCAACUUCUUUGUACCAGGUCGACAGGCCAGCUUGGCUCUGUCCCGCAUCUUACUGACCAAAGCAGAGUCGCCAUUGCUGAACAUCACAGAAGUAGAGGGAAAGAUCUACAGUGAAGCCAAAGAGUGCCUGAAUUUGCUCUCCCACAGACUUGGGAACUUCCACUUCUUCUUUGGAGACACGCCUACAAGCCUGGACGCCUUUGUUUUUGGCCAUAUCGCCCCCCUUAUUAAAGCCCCUCUUCCCAGUGGCCAGCUUCAGAAGCACCUGAACCAACUUGAUAACCUCUGCCAGUUCUGCAACACCAUCCUUAAAAACUAUUUUACCGACGCCUCUGCUGAGAAGAGAAUGGACUGCUCUCCGACGGCUACCCAUGAUCCUGUCGAUGCAAACCUCCAGAAACUGACACAACUUGUUAACAAAGAGUCCAACCUUAUUGAAAAGGUCUUGGCAAGAUCUGCUGAUUCACUUCUGAAUUUAAUGUCACUAGAAAUUGCAGUUACAUGUUUAAAAGUAUGUGGACACUGUUUUUUCACAAUGUAUUGAAAUGUAUUUGUUCCU